AUGCUUCAGGUUGAAAAACAAAGAACAAAAGUAGCAGAUACAAAACCGUUAGACUAUAUCUUUACAAACGCUGGUAGGAAUAUAUCAGAUGAAGAAAUUUCAUCUCGAUCUUACAGGUUUGACUAUCCAGUUCGUUGGCUUCAAAGUCCUUCAGAUGCAAAGGCAAUAGGAUUUAGAAGAGUUUUGUUUUCAAAUAGAACUAACGCAUUCAUGUUCGCAGUAUAUUUUCACGGUCAGUAUAAAGGUUCUGAUGGUCUAAUAGAAAAAUUUGACGAAAUGAAAAUCUUUACAAUUCGUUCAGACGAAAGUCUUGAAAAAACUCUAAAUGACUUUCAAACUCAAAUAAACAAAUACUACUGGGAAUUUCAAGAAAAAUACCACUCUUUACUAAAUGGAACAUACUAUCUGAAGCUAGAAUACGACAAGAUGAACUCCACAGUUUCAUUUCAAAAGAUUGAAAUUAACCCUCCAAGAGAUACAGAGUUUUUAUAUUGGGGAGUAGACAAACGUUCUUGGGCGCAAUUUCUUCGGUUACUAAACCAGAACGAACCAUUACCACCAGAUGGUCCAUUUAAAUUUAUACUCCCACCAACAGAUUUGACAGUUUAUAGAAACGUGUUCGAUCCUCAAAAUGUCAU